AUGGCAUCUUCGGACGACCUGAGCAAGCUCGCGACACCGCCCAUGUGCACGGCAGACUUUUGUCUCAUCCCGCUUGGCACCCCCACGGCGUCGGUGUCCAAGGAAGUGGCAGAAGUGCAACGACUCCUGAAGAAGAGCGGACUGGAAUACUCAAUGCACUCUGCUGGCACAACUCUUGAGGGCUCAUGGGACGAUGUGAUGCGGGUUAUAGGGCAGUGCCACGCCAUGCUCCACCAGAAUGGAAUUGUGAGGAUUCAGAGCGACAUCAGGGUGGGGAGCAGGACGGACAAGAAGCAAGGGUUCAAGGACAAGGUUGCGGCCGUCGAGCAGCUCUUGAAGGAGGAUGAGGGCGCGUGA